AGAGAAGAACAUUAAAGCUACAACACUUCCUAACCAUUUUCUUUCUGCCUUCUCUUUCAGGAAGAUUAAGACGCACUGUGCGGAGCCAUUUACUGAGUACUGGACCUGCAUUGACUAUACCAACUUGCAGGAGCUCCGUCGAUGCCGAAAGCAGCAGGCAGUGUUUGAUAACUGCGUGCUGGAGAAGUUGGGAUGGGUGAGACCUGAUCUGGGACAACUCUCUAAGGUUACGAAAGUGAAGACAGACCGUCCUAUGCCUGAGAAUCCCUAUCACUCUAGACCCAGACCAGAGCCAAAUCCACCCAUUGAAGGGGAGCUGAAGCCUUCUCCAUUUGGCAGUAGGCUCUUUUUCUGGUCCUGGUAAAGUGGGCAGACUGUGCUGUAACUAAAGUGCAAAGAUGUAUUGCUUGCAAAUGUAAAUUGUACAUU